CAUCUGUUGUUGUGGAAAUAUGCUUUGAGAGUGGCCAGUUCUUGGGGUCUUAUACAGCCCAUCAAGAUCUUGCGUGUCUCAGUUUGCGUGUACAAAAUUUCCCUUGAAUACCACGGCCUCUUGGAGACGCCUCGGCGUGUCCAGUGGGGGCGCGAUAUCGACCGACGACAUGGCCCCCUCGGUGCAACCGGCCGGCAACAGGCCUGUUGUUUGACGUUCAGGAAUUUAGAAGUCAGACUAAGUGGGCUGGACUUGGUCUCCAUCUUGGGGUUGUACCCACAUUCACCCGGAGAGCUUUAAAGAUGUCACUCCCUGCGGUGUGUCCUUCGACAUUAACCUUGCAUUUCUCUGUUCGAGGUGUCUUGUGGUUAUUGUCAACUACCGCAGAUGCCUUCGUAGGCAUUGACUCUCACGUGCACGUGAAGACUGCCUCAACAAUUCGUAGGCCAGGUCUCCAAACGGCUCUUACAAUGCCUUAUCCCUUCAGAAGGGCACAGACGUUGCCGACUCUGUCAGCCCAAGAUGAAUUAGAAAACGCCUCGAUUCUCCGCAACGAUGCCGACAACGGUCACUUUCGCGGCCUGCCUGCAAGCCGACAGUCAAAGAUGAAGGUGCUUAUGAAAGUUCUCUCACGAUGGGCAAUCACGAUGGUCAUCAUCAUCUCGAUCUACGUCGUCAUAUGGGCAUAUUCAAACAAGACGGUUAUGACACAAACUACGAAGCGACAGUAUAACGCUCUCAUCACCGGUCUCUCGAUUGCGCUGGGUCUCGCGGUGGCGAGCAGUCUUAACCACAUGGUGGCCGAGCUGAGAUGGUGGAUCUUGAGCCGUCGAUACAGGUCGAAGAGGAAGGUGGAACUGAUAUUGCAAGCCGACAAUCUGAAGCACACUAUUGCGUUGGCAGCGAGGUCAAAACGAUGGUCGAUUCAUCUUGCUGCUGUUGGAUGGCUCAUCUUGACCAUUGGCUCUCAAAUAGGUCUCGCAGCCAUUGGUCUCUGCUACUCAACAGAUACAGCCGACAAGCGAGCUCUACUAGUCCCAGGCAACGUCUCUAUAGCCAACAUGGCAUCUAUCGAAACGGAACGGGUCGUCAAGUCCAAGACCCAAGCCCUAGGUGCUUUGCAGUACACAGCAAACAGUUAUGGAACAAUUUCUCUAGCUUACAACACGGCGGAUAUAUCAGCAGCCCCGCCGGCCAGGGCGAUCCACGUCCCAAGCGAUCCCCUCAUGUUCUGUACAGAUACGCUUUGCAAAUACGUCUUCUACGAAACCUCCACCGCGUCUAUCAAGGAUCCUGACGCCAACCCAGUCACCGUCGCAACAGACCGAAGCGUCAACGCCACGACCAAAUGCACAGCUUGGCCCGUAAUCGGCGGCGGCAACGGCACAUCUACAAACGUAACGGUAGCGCUCGAAAACAACCAGUCAUGGGAUAUCUUCAUCCCGAAUCGAGGCGGAACCGAUCAGACGACUUUCAUGACCUACAGCCAGUUCGACUGCGGCGAGGGUUGCUCCAUGGUCAUGGCAUUCGAGGCAUCAGAUACCUCACCUUGGUACUACAGUUGCAAUGUCACUAUCGGUCAAGUCGCGAAUGCUACACGUGCCGAGCACCAAAUCGGUUCCAACCUCACAUCUCUCGCCUCGGCCAGUAUCGCACUCCAGGGAUACGCCGCUUCGUCUUUUGUCAACGACACCAACUUUCAGUACCAAAUGUAUCCUUCCGAGUCGGUGUUCGGCACGCCUAUGAACGGAACUACUGCGGACAUGGAGGCAAUGUUGUCGCGGUUUGCCAUCGGGGUGGUCGCAAUCACCGCCGACAGCAACACAGAUCUUGUUAUCGAGGGGACCAUGCCCAUGAAGGGCACGAAGCUCAAUGUCUCGCACUGGGGGCUGAUCAACAUGAUAUUGAUCCUCACAGCGACUCUCCAGCUCAUUCUCGGCAUUGCGGCUGCAUUGGUGGCUAACCGGGUGGUGGUGCCUGAUGGCGGGGCGGUGGAGAUGGCGCAGGUGAUGAGGACGAUGGCGAUUCGGGAUCGCACGAUGACUGAACCCAGUGAGAAGGGUUCCACUGGUGAACCACGGUACAAGUCAUUAUGGAUAUAUCGGGAUACGCUGUUGUCCAAGGAAGGAGGGCUGUAUGAUCUGCAUAUGGAAGAGCAGCGGUAUCAUGCGAGGAGUGAGUCUGGAAUGAUUGAAAUGAGCCAGCAGCGGCCAGGGACGGGCCGUGAGUCUACUGCACCGUCAACGCCUACGAAAUGAUAGAUGGCGAUUACAUGAUAAGUAAUAAAGGGAGGUCAAUUCAUCUCUGUCACCCGUUCAUCAAGGUGUCGUCAGC